CUGCCGCAGGACUCCCGGUACUCAAAAAUCAUUCUAGGAAAAGGAGAAAGGAAACCAAAAAUAUAUUCACAGGCUAAAACCCUUCGUCCCAUGACGCUUCAAAAUCAAAUCCGCAGGGUUUUUUUGUUUCAACGAAAGAAAAUCUCAGGAAUCGUUUUUGGCUUUUAGCGCAAGAAAACCAAUAUCAUGAGGAGGCGAAGGAUCGACAACCCAGGGUUUGAAGAAUGGGUUCCAGUUAGUCCUUACACUUUAUAUGGUGGCGUGGAGUUUUGUCCUUCUGCCAUUGCCAAAUAUGAAGAUGAAUUCAUUUACGGUAAAAAGCCUUCAGACUCUCUUGCAAUAGAUGUAAGGAAGCACCUUUCGUAUUUGGGUUGGACAAUCGAGCGUAAAAGUUAUAGGAAUUCAUAUAGAUAUCGAUACAUCUCGCCUGAUAAUACCCAGAUAUAUUAUUCUCUUCAUCAACUAUGUCAUGAUCUGAGAGAACCCGUUAUGCAGAGCCAAAGAGGUAAAAAGAUAGUUAUUAAAACUUCAAAGAAAUCAGGAGUUGGUAAUCAGAAAUUUAAUCAGACUACCCAAGUGCAAUGCUCGGGCAAAAGGGCUAAGAAGAGAGGGACAAGUGCUUGUUCCUCAAAACGCAGUCAUACUGUUUUAUCUUUGUUGAUAGACAAUAAUGUGGUGUUGAUAGGGGCAAGAGUGCAUUACCGUACUGGCCGGCCUGGUAAUCAAUUGACAGAAGGGUGGAUAACUCGUGGUGGAAUCAAGUGCACUUGUUGUGAGCGGAUCUUUAAGCUCACUGAAUUUGAAUCUCAUGCUGGUAGCACUCAACACAGGCCAUCAGAGAAUAUUUUAUUGGAAGAUGGCAGGUCAUUGUCGGAUUGUAAUAAGCAAUUGUGUGGUAAAUAUAAGAGGCAAAAGAGCACAACUAGGGUGUGUAAGAGGAAAGAUGAACAAUGUGGAAAGGAACCUAGUGAUUAUGUGUGUUCUGUUUGUCGAGAUGGGGGUGAUUUAAUUUUAUGUGAUCAAUGUCCGUCAGCAUUUCACACAAGUUGUAUUGGUUUGGAGGAUGUUCCUGAUGGGGAUUGGUUUUGCCCAUUUUGCUGUUGUAUUAUUUGUGGCCACGCCCAAUUCCAAGAGAUUGUUCAGCAAGAUGGUUGCACUGUCAGUUGUGACCAAUGCCACCUUAAAUUUCAUGUUGGGUGUGCAAGGGAUAGAGGACUAAUCAAGUUUGAAGGUAGAAAUUUUCAUGAUAAUUUUUGCAGCAACAAGUGCGAAGAAAUAUUUUCAAGUCUCCAAAAGCUUGUGGGAAAAUCGAUUGUUGUAGGUGAAGACAAUCUCACUUGGACAUUGUUGAAACCCCUCAAGGACUUCUCAGCUAACAAUAGGAGGCUUAAUCUUGCUCUUGAUGUCAUGCAUGAAUGUUUUGAAUCAGUUGAAGAAGCCUACACGGGAAGAGAUAUUAUUGAGGAUGUGAUCUUUAACAGAGGAUCUGUGCUCAAUCGUUUGAACUUUCGGGGAUUCUACACAGUGCUCUUAGAGAGAGAUGGUGAAGCAAUGAGUGCUGCUAAUGUGCGGGUUUGUGGAGAUAAGGUGGCUGAGGUGCCUUUUGUUGGCACCAGGUUUGAGCAUAGAAGACUUGGAUUGUGCAGGAUAUUGAUGUGUGAGCUUGAAAAGCAUCUAAUGAAUUUGGGAGUGGAGAGGUUAGUUUUACCUUCUGCUGCUGGCAUGGUGGACACUUGGAUCAAUUCCUUUGGAUUCUCUAAGAUGACAGAUUUUGAUACAAGGGAGAAUUUGGCAUACACUGUCCUGAAUUUUCAAGAUGCUAUCAUGUGCCAAAAGAUCUUGAGGAAGGUAUAUUGUUGCUGAUGAUCUGAUGAACUAAUCCUGAAUUUAAACCUCUAUUUUUUUUAAAUGGAUAUUCUAGGCCUUGACAUUGUAAUAUGAAGUUUAUAUUAGACCAUUAUAAGAAAAUUUACUUUUAUAUGCAGAUGAAAGAGUUGGAUUGAGAGAUUGUAGGAAGUUUAUAUCUUUGUCUU